CGGGCCAAAGAAAAUCUGGAAAAGUUUUUGCACACAACCGAUAAAAUCACUUCUUUGACAAAAUAUAGGACCGCUAUUGAGUCGCUCAGAGACGUCGACAUAUGGAAAGGGGUUCCCGAUAUCGAUCGCCGGGAAAUCUUUGACGACGCGAUUGUCUUUUUGGCUAAAAAAGAGAAAACAGAAGCAAAACAAUUGCGGAAACGAAAUAUGAGAGUAUUGAGUGAUAUAUUGGACUCAAUGACACAAAUCACACACCGGACCACUUGGCAAGAGGCACAACAACUACUGCUCGACAACCCUGUGUUCGCAGAGGACGCAGAACUGUUAGGUAUGGAUAAAGAGGACGCACUCAUUGUCUUUGAAGAACACAUCCGACAAAUGGAGACCGAAGAAGAAGAGGAGAAAAAGCGCGAAAAGAAGCGACAGAUUCGACUCCAGAGGAAGAAUAGGGAAUCAUUUAUCGGUUUCUUAGAUGAACUGCACGCCAGCGGAAAGUUGACGUCAAUGUCUAAAUGGGUUAAUCUAUACCAUGAGAUCAGUGCUGAUCCCCGAUUCAGCGCAAUGUUGUCGCAGCCCUUCGCCGGUUCCACUCCUCUCGACUUAUUUAAGUUUUAUGUCGAAGAACUCAAAGCCAGAUAUGAAGACGAGAAACAAAUGAUUAAAGAUAUACUGAAGAGUAAGGACUUUGAAGUGACGAUUGCCACCACUUAUAUAGACUUCGCAACUAUACUAAGCGAAGACACGAGAAGUGCUACACUCGACGGCGGAAACGUUAAAAUCAUUUACGAAAAGCUCAUCGAAAGGGAAAAAGAGAGGGAAAGGGAACGAAUCAAAGAAGAGCAGAAACUUAAGCGCAAAUUAGACACCGCUUUCUUAGCAGUUUUGGCUAAACUCGAUCCACCCAUCGAUGAGGACUCCCACUGGGAUUCAGUUAGACCUCUCAUUGCUAACGAAGAGGCCUUUUUGGCCAUACCUUCCGAAGCCGAUAGGAUAACACUCUAUAAGAGUUGUAUCCGAACUAUGGAAGAGUCCUUCUCACAGCUCGUCCAGCGAUAG